GUAACAAGUAGUCCAAGUUAGAAAUCUUCCCAGGUACUAAACCAACUAAUAUCUUGGUCAUCGUUCAAGAUGACGAAACUUUCUGCACAUCACAACUUCUACUUCUACUUGUUUGGUAGAACAACGAGAAGAAAAGCUGUCUUCUUGUUCUUUGUUCUCCACUUUGUCAUCUUUACUGUCUCUUGUUGCCUUUGCUCCGUAGUUUCUGCUUUUCGCAGUGCUGGAGACUUGCGAUUACGAAAGCGCGAUGUUAGUGGGUCCACUUCCACAACUCCUAUUGUCCCUACCACGACUUUGGAAGCCGCACCAGCCUCACCUGUUGUUCGCCACAUACCACCAUCAGCAAAUGAAAACAUCAAUCUGUUGAAGAUUCGACCGCCGUACACUCCGCCUCUAGCUCCGGAAGUGAGAUCUGGGGUACUCUCUUGGGCCGCUUGGCUAAGUUAUGGAUGUGAAGAAUGCGAAAAUUACUUAGAGUUAGUUAUGGACAUGAAUUAUACUUACAAAAAUUGAUUAGAAGAAGCAUCAGGAUCAGCAUCUGUUACCGCUGCUAGUCGGGUUCCCUUCUAGAAGAGCCAGCCGCGUCUAAUUUUUGAAAGUCAAGCGUUGGAGCUCGCUAUGCAAGAAUCUUGUCCUCUUUGCGCUCAGCUAUCUACCAGGGAAGGUGUUUGCUGUCCUUCGCCGUAAUCCUAAGGAAAUAUUGAAGCCAAGACCCUUGCUGCGACUUGAAAUUAAGAAGGCUUGUUGGAAUGAUUUUUGUUAUCUCUCUCAGAAGUAUUUUUUUCUUCUCUUCAGAUCUUCGAUGUUCUCUGAUCUCAUUCACAACUCAGAGUGAAUCUUAACAAAGAUAGACUAUUUAGUGGCAGAAAAUUAUCAUUAAGGGUUUAGGGUAGAUAGAGAUAGGGUGGGUAUCGUUAAGGGUUUAGGGUAACGAUAAAUAGACAGAAGAGAUGCGGAGACUAUGAGCAGCGCUAACGAGACGCUGAUUAGUGGUUGGCCCUUCGAGUUGGAUUUUGUACUGGAAUUGGAGCAGAAGGAGUACGAAGAAAUUCUGCAAGGUCUUGACGAAGAAACAAGCACGAAUAUUAGGAGAAGAGCCGACGUGCAACAAAUGCUUCCAGUAGAAGAGGAAGAGGAAGAUCUUGACCAGAGGAGCAACUCGUACAAGAACUACUUGCUCAACAACAAGAAACACGAGAGCCAAAAUAUAUUGCAACGCAUGACAAUGCAAGUUGAUCUUCCGACCUCCUCUUCCGUGGAAGGUGGAGCACAACAUCAUGGGUUCUUCGCAAGUAGCAAUGGCGUGUCAUCUACUUCUCGUCCUCUAGAUGCUGGGCGCCGGCGUAUAUUGGCGAAGUAUUCUGGUUUGUAUGACUUGGUCGGGGAAGAAGGUCUUCAUGGAGAUGGACAAAGAGAACAAAAAGAUGCUGACGAUGAAGAUGUCAAAAUUAGUUCUUGCGUAUCGAAAAAUAGAACUAUUAUAAAGCAGACCACUAGUAUAAGACGAAAGUAUGUGAAGCGUGGAACUAGUGGCGAGGUGACACUGAUGCAUGACGUAGAGACUGGUAUGUUCUGGCUCCGGGACAUAGGUGAACCAGUAGCGGUCUACGAUAGCACAGGUUGGUUCAUUCCAACUACUAUCAGAGGUGCGGUAGGUGAUGUUGAUACUGAUGCCUCCUGGAGGCAAGAUGAAGUUGAACGACGCGUCGAUCUUCAACGACAUGCUGUAGGAGUUGAUGGUGUCCGCUCUUCAAAAAGCCUCAAUCCGAGGGAACACAAAGUAGAUGAUGUCACCAGGGCAGCGUGUCAGAGCAGGGAAGUGCAGAGACUAGAACAACUACACGACCACACUGGUACAGCCGCGCCUUCUCUUGCCGCACUAGAAGGCGCCAUGAACACCUACACAGCUCUAGUCGGUCCAGGGUCUAGUUUCGACGUUCUGCCAUCUACUUCUGAUGGACCUACGUCACCAAGCGCACCAGGCGGUAGACCGCGUGGGCACGAUAUCCUACGAGGAACGAGUAGAGGACCCGCAGCCGACAUGAUGUUUUGCAAGAACGGUACUUCUGAUAGGCAACAAGGUCUGUCGUGUACAGGCUAUCUGACACGCAGAGACGACAUGCAGAUGGAAGGCGCUUCGUCGACUGUCUCUGGUUGUGCAAAAAACGACGACGACGCAGACAUUGCAGCGUUGAUUUAAGAGUAGUACUGGUACUUGAGAAGUUGAUAGUAGAGAGGGAUGAUAUGCAUUUCCCAGUUGGGCUAAUAUGGGAGUCGGCCUCGAAGUCGGCUGCCAUUUUGUCUCUACAGUAUGUAACUUGGACAAUCAUAGUUGAGCAUGUUAAUUGAUUGCUUGAAAGGGGGGUGGCAUAUAGUCCUAACGCAAAAAAAAAAAACUCUACGGUGGUCGCGAAUGACCAUAACAAACAGGCGGGGCACACAUGACAAGCUUGUUUUAUGCAUAGCGUAGCAACGCGUACCUUUAUCAUCAAGAAUGGUAGGCUGAAGUGACUUGAUAAAUCUUCAUCCGAAAAAAAAACAAGGCAAGGGUGUUGGAGAUGCACUAAUUUGGUUACUAACAAAUCUCGUCUAAUUCUCAUCGCAACUUAGCAAAACGAGUGGCGUCAGCGCUCUAGCGCUCGGUGGUGCGGAUGAAGAAGAGGAAAAAAGUUUAAGUUAUAUACGACCAGGACUUGGAAAAGAAGCACAGAUCACAUCUUGAGAUGACGGUGAUGAUGAUCCCCAUGUUCUUGAUUCUCCUCGUUCCCGCUGUAGAAACUAAACGCUCUGCUCCUUGAAUCUUCCCGUUUUCCUUUUGCUCCAGAAGGUUUUUCAAAUCACGAAUUUCGUGAUUUAGGUAAAUAUUUAAGGAUUUCUUAGUACGUGUCUACUCUUGUAAAAAUUUGUCCAUUCAUACCAUAUCACCACCGUCUCUGGAAAAGAAGCACAGAUCGCGUCCUUUUUUGGUCCAGCAACGGUGGCGAAGUACCCUAGAGGGAAGGUAACAGACUCGUCCUGGACAAAGUUUGAUUUUGAUGGCGGUGUGCGACCUGUAUUCAGAAAGAGAAAAGGCAGUACACGGGGAACAAGUAGUUGUACUUCGAACAUCUUCGAUGGAGAAGGAGGUAGAGAAGUAAAAAGUCAAGACCGUCAUGAAGGAAAACUUCCAGAAAAAGAAGAUGAAUCACACUCAUCAUCGAACAAGGAAGUAAUGCGCAUUUACGAUCGGGAUUCGCAGCGUAUUCUGGUACGAGAGAUGAUGCGUCACGCCAGUGUCUUGGUACCUAAUCACUGCACGCAGCUAGAUCCCUUGGUUCUGAUGCUAAUUACGUGGUGGCAGGAUGCAUGCGAAACUAGUGCUCCUGGAGGUGGUGGUUCCGGCAGUCGUGCUAGUUGUACUAGUUCCGCUGUGGAAAAAGCCGCAAUGGAUGCUACUGUACUGACGACCAGAGGAAGGGGGGGUUCCUCAUCGAGUACUGAGAGUGGUGUUGAUAGCAUCCUACUUGAUACUAAUGUUGCUAAAGCACCUCCACCUUCUGCUUCCAGUACUACAGGAACCAAGAUUAUGAAACCAAAAUCUGUUAUCAUUAUCGUACUUUUCUACUUAAGAAACUUGAUAAUGAUAACAGAUUUUCUUUUCAUAAAAGCACCUCCUUCUGCUUCCAGUUGUACUACAUCAAGUGGAACUUCUGCUUCCAGUACUACAGGAACCAAAGUGAAGAGAGGCAAACUUAUCAAGAGCAAUCGUGGAUCCCGCCGUUCGCGAUUUGUGCGUGCCCCCCGAUUUGUGAGUCAUAGUCUGGUGGCGAAAUAUCCGGCUUUUGGUUCAGUGUGUCGUGAACUUGGUGGCAUUUUCGUAGACCGAAAGAGCCCAGCCUCAAAGAAAGAAUGCGCACAAGCUAUCUGCGAUCAUACUGAUCAUUGGUUGGCUGCAGACCCAGACGAACGGGAACCACUAGUCGUUUUAUGAUUCGAGAAGAUGAAGCUGAUCAACAUGAUGAAUAGAAUACAACAUCUAGUACUGCAAUCAACUGUUCAUCUACUGCAUAGAAGAUGUUGUAGAAGAAGUUGCGGAUCUGCCUUCUUGAUGUUGCAUGCGCAACUUCAAGAAGCCAUAUUUUCUUUCUAAUCCAUUUUGGUGAGGGUGGAUUAUCGAAUCAUGAAGGAAUACUAGAUCUACGAUCUGGAGCUUUCCAGAAUCCACGUGCAUCGAUUCGGCCGAUCAUGCUGCGCUACACACCCAAUCUCGCAGAAACCAUGUGGUACUACAAGGAAGAAGAUAAUUAUCCUAGUACAAGCACCUCCUCCACACCUGGUGGCCCAACACUAUCGCAGCACUACAAGAAAGAUGCUAGCGUAGUUCUUGACGGUGGACAAGUAGCAGACGGAACUCUACCAGGCCGCGGCCAAAACGAAAAACCACUAGGUCCAGUGGUUGCACGCUAUCGAAAAAAUGUCGAGGACGGUCAACAGACAGUUCCUGCUAGUGAGCUCGAGGGCCCGCUUAGUACUCCUACCUGGCUAGAGCGUCAUGUAAUUGUUAUGAAUCUUGUACUUCUUCGUAUUAUAGCUAGAAUAAUUUAUAGAACGGGUUGUAUAGGAUGUGGAUGGCCUUGGAUGGAUCGGAUGGACCUACUAAAUCCUUGGCUCCUACUUGAAACGCUUAGCGAAGCGGGGAAGUCCAUCCGUUCCAUGCGAUCCAUCCGAUCCAUCCCAUCCUGGACCGGACACCCCUAGAAAUUGUUCUAGUAUACUAUAAAAAUUCCUGCCGGGUGCGGUUAGAAGUUUUCCCUCAUAAAUCCUAGGUGACUUAGUCCAUCCAAUUUCAAAGUAUGACAAUCAUGAUCAUGAUAGUCUUUCUAAUCUACCUCCAAGUCCAACUGACGAACGGAAGACUCCAGAGAAGGCACCACGACGCAAGGUCGUAGUUAAGGGUUUCCACAUUGCAUUCUGCGUCUGCAACCCAUUCAUUCUUGACUUGUUUUCCAGUUAUAGGAAAGAGAAGUCGAGGCUCCUGGUCUGCAGAAAGCCAAAAUCCCACUUCUAAAGUAGUAAAGUUUUUACCAACCGACUCCAUGACGGGGGAUGAUGUGACGACCGAUGCGUGGCGAGACCGAGUGCAGGAAGAGAUGCGACUCAGCUUCGCAGAACUUUCUCUUCGAGAAGAACAAAAAUAAUGCCACCUGAUGCUAGUUGGUUCUAUUUGAUUCAAUCAGUAAAAGAGAAAAUGAAAACAAGAAAUUCUGGGCGAUUACGUUUUCUACAAGUAAAAUGAAAAACGAAAGAAACUACUCAUCUACUUGCAUUUUUACAUGUCAGGUCAGUACCAGCAAGGAGGAAGCCUCCCUAUGAACUAAAGCGAACAUGAUAUAACCCUAUCAAUGCUAGAUUUUGAUCCAAAACCAUUUGUUUUUGUUAGAAGCCAACACCUCACGCUAGGUUUAGGCACAUUCAUUCAUUCAUCGUCCGCGACAAAAAGUAUUCAUAUUGACUGCCGUAUAGCACAUACAAGUUUUGACUUUUUCCAUGUUGAUUUUUCUCUUCGCGUUUUCUAUUCUAGAAAGACUAGUUUCUUUCAUUAUCACAAAUAAUCGGUCCUCUGUAUCAUCUAGAUCUAGAUGUUGUUCUGUAUCUCUACAACUGUGCACUCUCUGUGAUCUUGCUGCGAAACAUAUUACUUAUGUGAAUCAAUUAUACCCUGCUGUCAAGCAGGUUGUCAACUCGGUAGUUACUACGUCUCCAACGUGGUGGUGGUCGCGAACAAUAAAAAAUGUCAGGAGAUACACUUCAUCUUUUUACCUCACCAACCAAGAUGUUGAUUGGAUUUCAAUAUCAAGAACACAGCAUGGCACAUGAAAUGAGCUUCCGAAUUCCUUGACUUCUAAUACAUCAUCUGAGUGGUCUCUUCACUCUCUCUGCUCCUCAAUAUCCUCAGAGGAGGUGUCCCGACGAGAAGAUUUCCUUGCUGAUUUUUAUCAAAGUUUAUUCUUCAAGAAUGAAAUCUAUAUAAUGUUGACGGACCGCAACGGCUG